ACUUGUAUCGAUCUUUUUAGCAUUUUCCUUCUCGAUUCGUUCCACAUCGUUGUUGUCAUCUGCAAAUACUAAAUACUCACAAGGAAUGUAAUGCAAUAUUUGGAACAUGUUUCUCCCCUCUAUAUACCUAAUUACGCACAAUGUUUUGAAUUUUAUCAUUUGGUUUUGUGGCUGGUUUCGAUACAGUGAUUUUUUUGCGCGAGUGACUGGCUGCAGUGGAGCGGUCCCUUCAACACAAGCACGACACUUGGCGAUGGAGCUGAAACCACCAGCUACAGAAGCGUAAUCUCUUAUAUUGCCAAAAUUACGGGCGGAAUUAAAUACAACUCUCUGUCUCCGGCCUCUCAAAGGAGAGACAGGAGGUUCAUCAUGUCUGCAAAAGAGAGAUUAAAAGUGAAGGUGACCAAAGACAGCGUUACCUUGCUGCCAUGUUUCUAUUUCGUUGAGCUUCCCAUCCUGGCCUCCUCUGUGGUCAGUCUGUAUUUUCUGGAGCUGACCGAUGUGUUCAAACCGGUGCGGUCGGGUUACAGCUGCAAUGACCGAAGUCUGAGCAUGCCCUACAUCGAGCCCGCGCAGGAGGCCAUCCCUUUCCUCAUUCUCUUCAGUCUGGCCUUCGCUGGACCUGCAGCCACGAUAAUGAUAGGCGAAGGUAUCCUGUAUUGCUGUCUGUCCAGGAAAAAGAGUGGGGUCAAAACAGAGGCCAAUAUCAACGCAGCCGGCUGCAAUUUCAACUCGUAUAUACGGCGAGCUGUUCGGUUUGUUGGGGUUCAUGUAUUUGGCUUAUGCAUCACGGCUCUCAUCACUGACAUCAUCCAGCUGUCGACAGGUUACCACGCCCCCUACUUCCUGACAGUGUGUAAACCCAACUACACCACGCUCAACAUGACCUGUGACGACAGCUCCUUCAUCAUAGAGGACAUCUGUUCUGAUGGAGCAGACCCAGCCGUCAUCAACUCUGGCAGGAAGUCCUUUCCCUCGCAGCAUGCUACUCUGGCCGCCUUCGCUGCUGUCUAUAUCUCUAUGUACUUCAACGCGACGUUGACAGAAUCCGCCAAGCUGCUGAAGCCCCUGUUGGUCUUCUCCUUCAUCAUGGGUGGCAUCAUCUGUGGGCUGACCCGCAUCAUCCAGUUCAAGAACCACGCCAUUGACGUCUACUGUGGCUUCCUCAUCGGAGGAGGGAUCGCCGUCUACCUGGGUCUGUAUGCAGUGGGUAACUUCCAGCCCAGUGAGGACACAUCCAGACAGCAACCCCAGCCUCCCCCGCUCCGCGAGCCCCCCAGGAGCAACACUGUGCCAAACGUCAGCCAGAAUGCAGGUCGCCACCUGCAGCCCAACAGCCUCAACAGCAUGAACAGCCUAAAUAGCGUGAGCACCGCUGACGGCCUCACCGCGGCCCACCCCGAGACCAUUCUGACCCGGGUGCCCUCCUGCCGCGAGUCCAGCUCCCUGAAUAAUCUGAAGAGGGCCAGCGCCAACUUGGAGUGCAUAACCCCGCCGAGUCCCAUGGGUAAACAGGACUGUCUGGUGACCUUCAACAGUAGCACGUUACCCAGGUCACAUGGUGGCUCACUACCCGAGGAGCACCGCGUCCCUCGCCGCCACGCCAGCAUCCACUCCUCCAUGGACUCCACACGCUCCAAGCAGCUGCUGUCUCAGUGGAAGAGCAAGAACGAGAACCGCAAGCUCUCUCUUCAGGUGAUGGACAGCGGGGUGGUUGUGGGACGCCACCAUUCAACGUCCUCCUCCUCCUCGCCUCAGAGGACCAUGGAGCUGAGGUGCAGCUCUGAGCCAUCUGCCAUGGGCCUGGAGGCAGAGCUCCGUGCUCAGGGACACAUCCCUGCCCAGUACAUGAAGCUGGCUGCCAGCACCGUGCCACUGUCCAACCACCUCCCCCACAACGGGGGCAGCAGCGGCCUGGCAGGGGGGGCCCGCGUGUCCAUCCAGUCCCGGCCAGGCUCCUCCCAGCUGGUCCACAUCCCAGAGGAGACGCAGGAGCAUGUCAACAGCGGCACCUCCAGUAGGGAGGACGAGGAUGAUGACGACAGGGAGGAUAACUAUGGCGGCGGUGGGAUUCCUGGUGGGGGAGGCUCAAUUCGCUCCAAGUGGCUGAAGGAGGGCGCCCCCUGCAGGACUAACAGUCUAACUAACCAGCCACGCAUCAUGCAGGUCAUCACCAUGUCCAAGCAGCAGGGUCUGCUCCAGCACGGCAGCCCCAAGAGCUCAGAGGACGGCAGCGUGGUCAGCUGCACAGGCUCCAUCCAGUACAAGGCCCUGAUGGACCAGGAGCCCGGCCAGGGGAUCGUGAGGGUGGAGGCCCAUCCAGAGAACAAGCCUGUGAUCAAGCCUCCGGACGGCAGUGGCUCCUGGAGGUGGAAGCCCCAGGAGCAGCGUGGCAGCAUCCGCCAGGCCUUCGAGCUCAACGACCUCAACCGCGACUCGGAGAGCUGCGACUCGCUCAAGGACGGCUACGGCUCCUUUGAUGGCAGGAGGAGCCAGACGGGCACCGACACCGGCAGCGAGCGCGGCGGUGGCGGUGGGGGAGGCGGUCACCCACACGUGCACCACCCUCACUACCACCACCACCACCACCCCCACCAAGGCAUCACCACCAUCCGUGUGACCCCUGUGGAGGGACUAGGAGGAGGAAGCGAGGCCGCCUCCGACACCCUCUCCAUCGCCUCCAGCAGGGAAUCCACCCUGCGGAGAAAAGGCAACAUCAUCCUGCUCCCGGAUAGAGGUCAGAGUCCAGACAACUCCAGGAACUAUUUCAAAGGGACCUCCCCCACACCGCCCCCCACCCUGGGACUGGCCUAUAGAGAAUGAACAGCUGCCCCAGUCAGCCCUUACCCUUACCAUUCCCCCUUACUGCCCAUGUGGUGGCCUAUUUGUCCCCCCAUGAGUGGCCUUCUACACUGGAUCUAGUCUGGAACCCACAAUAGGACCAUUGAACACAUUCAGCUACGACUGUAUAUUAUCAAAUCCAUCAUGGAUUCAGUGGUGUUAACUGGGCUGGCUUAACUUUUCCAGUGCCAUUCUAAAGGUCAUAACUCAUUAGCUAGCUCAUUGUGUCUAGUACAGUAAGGCCACUACAGUGUUUUUCCAUUCUGCAAAAAUCAGAUUUUUUUUGUUUUCAGCAGUUUAUUGUUAGACCUGGUUUGAUAGGACCAGAUUAAAUGUAUUGGUGUGUGUUCUUUGAGAAAUGCAGUAAAUAUAUUUCUAUUUUAAACAUUAAAUAAUGAAGUAAGCUUUAUGUGACACAUUUUUGAGGGCAAACCCAUUACACCUCUUUGUUUGUCUGAAUUCGCGGGUUUUACACACCAGCCAAGCGCCAUGGUUCUUUUUUGAUUUGAAAAUGAAACACUAUCACACACAAAAUGGUCCUUUAAGAAUGCAGGAGAUGCUGGAAUAAUCGCCACAAAGUCAUUUUGCGCAAACCUUUCAACCCUUAUUUCAUUACAUAAACUUUCAUCCAUUUGACAAGCACAAGUACUAACUCUUUUAAUACAAUGGCUAUAGUGGUUUGAACUUCGAAUUUGAUACUAUUUGUUAUCAACCUGCAAGAGCCUUUGACGGCAAUGAACCAUGCAAGUUAUUAAUUAAGUUGAUGGACAUGAUGUUUUGUAGGCCUUUUCCAUUGAUGUUCUGUGCUCUUUCUCAGCAACAUAUAAAUGUCCUUGGGUAAUGUGACCGUGAUUGGGUGUUGCACUGCAUAGCAACGCUGGAGGGGCUUUUCAUAAGACAACUUUCAUACAUACAGUACCAUGACAAUUGUGAAAAGAAAUGUUUAUAUUUUUUGCUAUGUACAUAUUUAUAGUUCUCCGAUUGAUCUGCCAACAAUAUUCAGAUGUCUUCAUUGGCUUAUUACUAAUUAUUGAUAGUCUAUUUUAACAAAUAUGUGUUUAUUCAAUGUUGUUGUUUUUAGAACUUUUGCGGGAUAUGAAUUGGUUUGGCAGGUGAUUUAUAACAGAGCAACGUUUUAAGAAAUCACCAAAUAUUAUCCAUGGGUUGCAAAAUUCCGUUAACUUUCCCCAAAUUCCUGGUUUGUCCAGAAAUCCUGAUUGACUUCCCUCAUGACUCCGAGGUUCUUCCAACUGGGAUUUCUGGAAAACCUGGGAAUUUGUGGAAAAUUAACAGAAUUUUGCAAUCCUAAUUAGCGCUGUGAACUCACCAGUUUUUCCCUGUGCUUUAUCCACACAUUGUAUCCCUCGAACAGUAUAACAUGCUUACAAGGGCAGCAAAUGAAGUAUGUUAAUAGACUACCAGGGGCAGUGGAUACAGUAUGUAAGACAAUAUAUUUCUAGGGGCAGUGGAUUAACUAUGUAAGAUAAUUGCUUACCAGGAGCAGUGGAUACAGUACCUUAAUCAAAUUAGUUUUGCUUAAAGACUGGAAAUUCAAGAGGGACUUUACACUUUGCAUCCUGUAUUGCCUUUGAAAAAGUAUACUAACAAGUUUUUGCUGUUUUUUGAUACAGUGACUUUUUUCCUAUUAGCAACAUGUAUGGUAGUUUAAGAAAAUUAUUGUUUUUUCUGCAGCUGUACAAGUUGUUAAUGCUACUUACUGUGCACUCAAAUAAUUUGUAAGUAAAUGUAUCUAUUGAUGAGUGACAUAAAGGGAAACCACUCUCGGCAGAGGCUGCUCUUCCCGGUUCAUUGAUAUGUGCACAAUAAUUGAUUUAAUUGUCCAGUUUGAUUUUCCUGAUUGGACAAUGUGGCAGCAGAGCCUGUGCUGGGAACUUUGGUCAUGCUGUUAGAUUAAAAUCAAUCAUACAUUAGUGUUCCUUGGGCUAUAAUGCACCAUGCACGAUUCAGGACUGAGGAGAGGUUGUAUAACGACAAUAGCAUCCCUCUCCCUCCCACAAGAGAACAGUAAACAAGUGAGUCAUACUCAGUAUCCAAACUACGUAAGUGAAAAAAUAACAUUACUAACA